GGAGGCUGCGUGGGGAGAGAGCGUUCUGGAAGGGGAACACCCCCGGGCAGGGAGGAUAAAACCCGCAGCUCCGGCUGCUGCCCAGCAUCGCCACAGCCCCUGCAGGGAGCAGAGCCACAGCACACACCGGGAGCACGCACCGGGAGCACACAGAGAUGUUCUGCCGCUGGCACUUCAUGCCUCCCACCUCCAGCACCCUGUUCCCGUGGCUGGGACCCGUCCGCACCCUCUGGCCGCAUCCAGGCACCCUCUUCGCGGAGCUGGAGCGAGAGCUGCGGCUGGAGAUGGAGAGGGCUCGGGAGUUCAUGAGCAGCUUCGAGCAGUACCUGACCAGCAGCAGCAGCAGCCGGAUCGGCAUCACCGCUGAGCGAGCCCCCAGCGCCAACGCAGCCCUGACCCAGGGCUCCGGGGAAGGCUUCUCCGUCUGCCAGGACGUGAAGGACUUCAGCCCCGAGCAGCUGUCGGUGAAGGUGGUGGGCAGGAAGGUGGUGCUGGUGGGGCAGAAGGAGACGCAGAGCACGGACGAGAAGGGCUCCUUCUCCUACAAGUACGAGGUGCUGAAGCGCGAGUGGGACGUGCCCGAGGAGGUGGACGUCGAGGCGCUGACGUGCUCCCUGUCCAAGGAGGGGCAGCUCCGCAUCGAGGCCCCCCGGCUGGCACUGCCGGCUGCCCCGGAGAGGAACGUGCCCAUCCAGAUGGGGCCGGCGGUGGCGCAGUCAACAGCCAACACCGACGACGGAGACGAGCGGGCCAAGGCAUGAAGGGGGAAGGAUGGGGCCGGGCUGAGCCCGGAGCCGGGGCAGCCGCAGGGCCGGGGGGCUCUGCCCAAACCUUGUGGCUUUUUUGAUAUUUAAUAAAUAUUCAUCACUUUUA